CCGAUUUAGGGGGCAGAGGGUCGCGGCGAUCCCCUAACGUUGAAUUCCCCAGUCUUCGACCGUUUGCCGAGCGUGAGAGCUGACGACCACGCAAUUUCGCCCACUUGGCUCUCGGCGUCUUUUCCGUCUUUUCGGCCGUGGCUUUCUCUCGUCGCCCUUUUUUCUCUCUCUAAUUGUCCCUCUCCCCUUGUAUCUCUCGUUUGGACCGUCUUUUAAGCAAUGCGACGCUAGGCUCGAACCCCAAGUUUAAUCUUCCGAGAAUACCCUUCCUUCGUCGUCAUUGCUUUCUCUACUCGACUCGUCCACCUCGAACGCGACACGUUUACACCGCUUGGUUUGCGACCGCCGAUACCGAUGGACAAGUCUGCCACGCCGGGCAGCGCUGCCGCCCCCUCCGUGGCCCCGAACCAGCCAGCCAACAAGACGAGCGCCGCCGCGCCCACGCUGAAUAAUGAGCUAGAGAUGGGUAACAUCGGCGGCGAUGCGCCGAGCGCGGAAAACGACAUAAUGCAGAUUGCAAGAGUGGGAGACGUCCCGGCCAUGGAGAAGCUCUUCGAGUCGGGAGAAUACGAUGCGACAUACACUGACGAUGAAGGCAUCACACCCUUGCAUUGGGCGGCGAUAAACAACCAGUAUGCCAUGAGCAAGUUCCUCAUUGACAAUGGCGCCGAGAUCAACAAAAAGGGAGGAGAAUCCGUCGCGACACCUCUUCAAUGGGCCGCUCAGAGAUGCCACUACUACACCGUCAAUCUCCUUCUUCAACAUGGCGCCGACCCCCUCAUCACCGAUGCCCAGGGCUACAAUACCCUCCACAUCUCCACCUUCAACGGCAACACCCUCCUGCUGGUCCUUCUCCUCCACCAGGGCAUCCCAGUCGACGUGCUCGAUAGCUACGGGCACACGGCGCUCAUGUGGUCGGCCUACAAGGGGUUCCCGCAGUGUGUCGACCUCUUCCUGCGCUGGGGCGCCAGCGUCCACACCACCGACGAGCAAGGCUUUACCGCGUUGCACUGGGCGCUGGUCAAGGGCUCGCCCGCGUGCAUACAGAAGCUGCUCGAGUAUGGAGCCGACCGGUUCGCCAAGACGUCCACCGGCAAGACCCCGGCCGGCACGGCAAAAGAACUCAACACGACGGGCGCCUGGCACAGGGCCCUGAAGGAGUGCGGAUACGACGAGGACGGACAGCCGAUCGAGCCACAGUUCCCGGGUGCGCGCUUCCUCCGCCAGGAUAAGAGGGGCUUCGUCACCAAGUUCUUGUUCCUGUGGCCUUUCCUGCUGGUUUGGUCCAUGAUCACGAUACUUGGGAGCAUGCCCGUGUAUGCCGGCUUGUUCUUCUCAUUGGCCAUUGGAUACGCCAUGCAAUGGUGCGCCCAGCAAGUCAUCGAGUUCGCGCCACCCGAUAUGAGACAUUUCCACAGAACCCCCUGGCUGGCCGGCAUCUUUGCCGCUUCGCUGUUCUGGGUCUCCCUGAGGUGGCUGACAACAGUUUUGCCCGGUACAACGGGCUCGUCAGAUACUACCGGACCUCACUGGUGGUUGAACCUGGCCUUGGGAGCUCUCCUCGGACUCUGUGGCUACUUUUACAGCGCCGCCAUGCGAUACGACCCGGGAUUCGUCCCCAAGAUGAACGGAAUUGCCGAGCAGAAGACUGUCAUCGACGAGCUCCUGAAGCAGUGGAAGUUUGACGAGACCAACUUUUGCGUUACCUGCAUGAUCCGAACACCGCUGCGCAGCAAGCACUGCAAGCGCUGCCAGAAGUGUGUCGCCAAACAUGAUCACCACUGCCCAUGGGUCUACAACUGCAUCGGUGUAAACAACCACCGUCACUUCUUCUUGUACCUGAUCAGCCUGACUUUGGGCAUUAUUGUCUACGACUUCCUCGUCUACUACUACUUUUCCAACAUCUCGGACAAGGCUUCGGAUAGCUGCAACUUCCUCAGCCCUGGUCUUUGCAAAGUCGUCAACGCCGACGGAUACACGGCGAUCAUCACCGUUUGGGCUACUCUGCAGCUUACCUGGGUUGGCAUGCUUCUGUUUGUGCAGUUUGUCCAGGUCUCCCGAGCCAUGACGACCUACGAGAACAUGUUUGGCGUCCAAGACGGCUCCCUCACCUCGGCCUUCACAUCGACCGGAACGCCCCUGGACCCGAACCACCCGUCCCUUGCCGCCCCCGAGGCAGCCGGUAGUCACGGCCAUGCCCACGGCCACAAGCACAAGGGUGGACUCCUGCAGCGGUGGUCCCGCCUCCUGGGUGUUGAUCCAUUCAUCGAGACCAUCCGUGGCCGCGGUGCCGCGACCCAGAACAAGCGGAGGAAGAAGAAUCCGUACUCCAACGGCUGCAUGGCCAACUGCCGCGACUUCUGGUGCGACCCCGCGCCUACCUUCGGCCGGCGCGAGAACGGCUCCGCCGUGCUGGCGGGCGAGCCCGUCAACUACACGGCCAUGUACGAGAGCCCAAGCCUGAUGAACAUGAGCAGAGGAAGGAGAAGGGCGGGCGGCUACGAGUCCGUAGCUGCCGAGGAGGUGUAAUAGAGAAGAGAAGAGAGCUUUUUUGUUUUCGAUGAUGACAAUGAUGGUCGGUUGAGAUGAUUAAGGGGGGAGAUUCGUCAAGGCGGUGUUUUUUUUGUUUUGAGACUCGACUUGCUAUGGAUCAGAGAUUACGACAAGGCGAGAUGACGUUUCAGAGUCCCCCCCACGAAUAGAAAAGAGCGGCGCAAACGGAGAGAGAGAGAGACAGUCCAAGACCGGCCGGCUACAUGGCUCGCAAUGUAUUAAUUUGGGGUAUGUGUAGAAGUAUGGUCGUGGCUGGUGUUUUUGAGGAAUGGGAGCUUCUUUUCUCCGUGUACUAUACGCGCGAGGCUUCAGAACUUGGACGCUUUGUGUGUUUGUGUCCACUCCCAAGAGAAUAUGUUCCAUCUGAUUACAACCGCAGGGCCGUCCGAGAGGAGACCGAUAGUCCUGAUAUCUCAACGUCAU